AUGCACAAGGAGGAAGAAUGUCGGCCGCUACUUGCCUCUGAGCCUAGCUCGGAGUAUCAGCCAGCUCCACGCACAAAGAAGGAGCUCCGCAAUAUUGAAAAUGUCACGGUCCCUGAAACGGCGACGUAUGGCAGGAAUAUAACAUGCGCGGGGGCAUAUAUCCUUGUUAUGUCCCAGAUGAUUGGCUGUUCAAUCUUUGCAACUCCUGGCAGCGUUGUCCGAUCGUGUGGAAGCGUCGGACUCACCCUUCUACUAUGGCUCACCAGUGCGACUGUCAGGGCUUGCGACCUAGGAAUCUAUACUGAAUAUGGCUGCAUGCUACCGCGUUCCGGUGCGGAUAAGGUCUACCUUGAAUUCACAUAUCGUCGGCCGAGAUUUCUUGCCUCAACCCUUUUUGCAAUUGCAUCCGUUACCUUGGGUGUGUCGGCAACCAAUUGCGUUGUCUUCGGCCAGUAUAUGCUAUUUGCCUUGGGGAUGGAGCCCACAGUGGCCGCCCAAAGGGGAUUUGCGGUUGGUCUCCUACUCACCGUAUGCAUAAUACAUGGGUACUUUUACAAACUGGGCAUCCGGAUUCAAAACUUUCUUGGAUGGGUGAUUUUAUCCAUUGUCGGAUUCAUGAUAUCCACGGGACUCUAUGUUGUGCUUUUCCAGAAACGAACAACCGUCACUGGGAAUCCCGAGCUAUUCUCCUGGGAUGGGAUGUGGAAAGGUUCUAAUUGGGAUUUUAGCGUCCUUGCAACCUCUUUCUUACAGGUUUCCAGCUCUUUUUCUGGACUCUGUACUACAAAUGUCGUUCUCAACGAAGUGCAAAAUCCAAUCAGAACCGUGAAAGUCGUGGGCUUAAUGGCAUUCAUGACCGUUUGCAUACUCUAUGCCCUCAUCAAUGUAUCCUACUUCAUGGUUGUUCCAAUCGAGGAAAUCAAGGCCAGCGGGCAAUUGGUUGCAGCAUUGUUUUUUGAACGCGUCUUCGGCCCAGGGUUUGGUAAAACUGUUCUUCCUCUCCUUGUUGCUAUAUCGGCUGCUGGAAAGGUCAUGGUUACCAUCUUCUCAUCAGCUCGGGUCAAUCAGGAAAUAGCGAGACAAGGCUUCCUUCCUUUUUCCCGCUACCUUUCAUCAUCAGAGCCGUUCAACACUCCUCUCGGGGGCGUGCUGGUUCAUAUGAUCCCUACCUUACUUACGAUACUACUUCCACCACCAGGAGACAUUUACAAUUUCAUACUUGAUGUUCAGGGGUAUCCCGGCGAGUACUUUGGUAUUGCCAUAACAUUUGGUAUCAUUCUCCUUCGAUGGCGACGGCCCGAACUCCAGAGACCGUUCAAGACUUGGCUGCCAAGUGUAUGGCUACGAUUAGUAGUCGGAUUUAUACUAAUCGUUGCCCCCUUCUUCCCUCCAAAGAACGGGCGGGGUGAUGUUCACUUCUUCUAUGCGACAUACGCUAUUGUUGGCGUGGGCAUAAUCGUCCUGUCAAUCAUCUACUGGUGGAUCUGGACCAUCGUCAUUCCAAAUAGGAACGGUUACAAGCUCGAGGAGGAGGUUGAAAUUCUCGCAGAUGGAACAAGUAUUACUCAGCUGGUCCAUGUCGAGAAGCUGGAGUUGCGGUCCUAA